GACCGAUUGGUACCUUUUGUCAACAUACAGAAUGGCGUUGAAUCUAGCCGCUUUUUCGUACAUCGUAGCAUUAAUCGGCGAUGCGUUUCUCAUAUUUUUUGCAAUUUUUCACGUACGUGUCGCGUGACGCACUAAAAAGCAAUGGUUAUUACAUUUGACGAGUUAAAAACUGGGUAUAAAAAUCCAAUCGAUCAAUGCAAUAAUCUAAAUCCGCUAGUUCUGCCAGAAUAUAUAUUACACAUCUUGAUGAACAGUUUGUUUUUAUUCAGUGAACAGUAUUUCACACUGUUUAUCAACAUUCCACUAAUAGCCUAUCAUGUGUGGCGAUAUAUCAACAGGCCUGUGAUGACAGAGCCAGGCUUAUACGAUCCUACAAGCAUAAUGAACGCUUACGACUUGUCCUUGUACCAAAGGGAAGGAUGGGUUAAGUUAGCGUUUUACCUCAUUACAUUUUUCUAUUAUUUAUAUGGUAUGAUUAGCUCGCUUAUGAAAUAAGAUUGCAGUGGCUAUUAUAUCAAUGAGGACUUCCCAUUUCCUCCAUGCAACCAUGUUGUGGCUGUUCACAUAAAACAUACCAGAAGUACAAGCUGUAACUUAAUGAACUCAGUAUAAUAGAAAUUUCGUAAUACCAAAAGGAACAGAAAAAGGACUCCUUACUUAUGCAUAGGUUAAUCUUUAUAGAUUGUACAUGCAAACUGAGUAUUUUUUUGGAGCGCAUAUAUCAUUUUGUUUACAACAAAGUAUAAUAUAUAAGAAUAUGAGAAUAAAGUUUGAAUAUUUUCCAAGUAACUUAAUAUUAAUCUGUGCUCUUAUUGAGUACAUGCCAAGCAGGUAUAUCUGAAUAAAUAAAAGGUUUUUUGAUUUUUAUUGAUA